AUGGCUACGAAGGGGUUGUAUUAUACCCCACUCGGUACUGACGGGUCGGAAUAUGCUCACAGACAACGGGUGGCCAGUCAUUAUCAAAUAAGCGCUCUAAAUAAAUCAAGACUCAAAUACUGUAUAUUCUUUCAUUAUCUGCUGUUUUUUGCAAUGUUGGCGAAGCUCUCUGCUGAUAUAUUAGAUAAACUAGACAUAUUUAUAUUAGAAAUUGAAGAACUUGACAUUCCUAAGCCAUUAUGGUGGGAAUACAUAUGGUGCAUCAGUCUUCUGUUAUCAUUCUUAGGUUUGGAUGCAAUUAAGAAGAACAGAGUUGCCCCCAUGAGAAACUAUAUGAUGGGCCUUACAAUAUUUGGUUUCCUGCCACUACUUUAUGCUGUAAUAUAUUACUUUCCAGAUGUGUGGACAUAUCUGACAUUUGAGGAAGAGGAGGAACUAGAAGAAAUUCACCUAUGGCAGGGUUACCCCUAUGGAAUGUUGUGUUAUGCAUUUAUACUCUUAGCCAUUCAAGUUCACUUAUUUUCCAUGUAUUUUGCAUGGAACCUAUUGACAGCAUGGAAACCCAAAGGUACCAAAAAAUUUGAGUGA